AUGGCAACCUCACCGCCCUCCUCACUGGCACUGGCUGGCCCCAACACGAUCUUCCUUCUACCGCCUAAGUCGCCCGCCUCAGUGUCGACAACGUCCUCCCUUGCCACCGCCAACGACUAUUUUUCGACGCACAAUCGCAAGAGGCAGCGACCAGAGUCGCGUGACGGGAUACAAGCACAUCACUUGACGGAAACUCCAGCCUGGGCCCAACUUGCUACACCCAGCGACAAACUGUACGAAAGCGCAUACGGUCGCAGUUCGGGGCUGGUCAACGAACGGUAUCGUCUCGCAGACGGCUUCGACACACCUUCGCUACGAUCAACAGCGCGCUUCGAACAAUUGACAGUGCAUGAGAAUGAAUUUAGGAGGCGGCUUAGGGAUGACGAUAUGGGACUUGCUAUGAGCGGCGACAAUGCGCCCAUUUCAGGACCACUUGCGCGCGAACGAAAUGGCGUUGCGCGGAUGCCGACAUACAAUGGAGGCGAGGCGCAACAGACGUGGACGAGCUUGGCGUUUGGGAUCGUGGGAAGCGUCUUCAACUUCGGCACGAGCGUAUUCCGAGGCUUCACGGCUGGAGGUGGCAAAGGCUACGAGACAUCGUUCCCACUGGUCGGCUCAGACUUACUACAACAGAGCGCUGGCCGAUCAACGCCCCUUCCUGGAUCGUGGCAUGCUGACGAGUUCGACGGAGACUUUGAACAAGACAGUCCGGAUUUCGGGCAGCAGCAAUCACAAAGCAGACCGCCAAAUAAGCGACGACAAACAGAUCGAGAUAGCUGGGUCAUGAUAGGAACACCAGAUGUCGACGACAGUGGGCCUGGGAGUCUUCGACGGAAAGUAUCAGGUGGCAGUGUACCACGAAACACCCUGAUCGCGAGACCGCAAGCAUCACGAGCGAACAGCAGAAGAAGCCUUGCACCAGUUCCACGACGCCAAGGCUCGUAUGUAGCAGCUAAUGGCAGCCCAGCCCAGCAACCGCUAUCCAUUGCGAAAGUUGCUGAGCACAAUCGACGAGCAUCUAUCGCGCCGACACGAUCGCCUCAAGGGCGUACAGUCAGUCGGCCGAACAGCGCAGGCUCAGCUAGGAACUGCAUGAGCCCAGAAGUAGAGAGGUACACGAAGCGACAAGCGAAACAGGACAAGGCCAUCAACAGUAUGAGUCGCAGGAUGGAGGACAUGAUCCGACAAGCACAGCAAGCACUGGGCACGAAAUAUACCGUCGAAGGUGGCGAUGCAAUGGGCAUCGAAGACGAAGGAUAUGUUGACGAUGAAUGGUGA